GUAAAGGGAUUUUGGGCGGUAAAGAUCCCGCCAAAAUCCUAAAAAAUUUAAAUAAAAAAAAAAGAAAAAAAAUUAAAGAAAUCGAAAGGCCAUUAGAAGCUAUAGUUUAAAAGUCUACAAAAGAAAGUCUACUUCUACUAGGCAUAAAAAGGACCACAAGUGAAAAACAAGCACUAAAGAAUCUUGAAUCUCAACAAUCUUGAGUUUGAUUUCAUCUUAUAGGACAAGGUUACAGAGUUAGGUUUUAGCUCAUUCAAGGGAUUGUAUUACAAAGUACCACAUUUGCCUAUGGCACAUGGGCUGCAUCCUCUUUGUGGUGAUGUUGCUAAGAUUUUAAUACAAUCGACUAUAUGUCAGGUUUAUGUUGAACAUGGUCAACUUAAUAUUGAUGAAGAAGUUGCUAUUGCAGUAGGAAAGUUGCUGUUACAUCCAGAGGUAUUGGGAAGUGAAGCUAACGAUGGUGAGUUAUUAGUUGGGAAUAAUAAAGUGACAAAUCUAAUGGGUGACAUGGAUAGCACUAAUACUUUAAGCCAUGGUAGGAAAACAAAUGAUAAAGGGAAAGAAAAGGCGACAAAGGCAUGCCAACAAUGGAAAAGCUUUCGACUAGUGGACAACUCAGACAUUGAAUAUAGUGAUAUAAAGUACGGUAGCAAUAAUACUUAUAUUGACAAUGAUAAUGUUGGAAGUUACUACAGUGAUAGUUCUAUAGAAUACCUGAAUGUGAAGGAUAAUGCAUUGAGAAGGACAAUAGUUACCAACUCCCCUGAAAUAAGCAGUAGGCAACUUGUUGACCAUGUCAAGGUAGAAUUGAAUGUUGAUGUUUCAGAAUAUAAAUGUCAGAGGGUUAAAAGGAUAAUUAAGAAUGAGCUAGAGGGUACUUACAUUAUGCAAUACAAGUAUCUUAGAGGUUAUGGGGAGCAUAUGCUAGCAACCAAUGUCGGCUCAAGUUGUAUCAUUGGAAUAGAGGAUUCUACUGCAGCAACACCCUACCAGUUUAAAAUGAUGUACUUUUGCUUUGAUGGAUGCAAGAAGGGUUGGAAAGUUGGUUCUGGGUGCAUUAGUGGUCUAGAUGGCAAUAUCUUGAAAGGGGUUUGCCAAGACAUUUUGUUGUUAGCUAUUGGGAGAGAUGGGAAUAAUCAAAUGUUUCUAGUGGCACGGGCGAUUGUAGAUACUGAAGAUAAGGACAAUUGGAAAUGGUUCAUGGAAUUGUUGAAUAUUGACCUUGAGUGUGGAGAUGGAACAGAAAUGACUUUUAUAAGGCAUUUAUCUAUAAGGGAUGAGGUGUUUUCAAGGGCAAAGCAUAGGGCAUUUUUCACUGAAGAUGCUAAUUAUGAUGUUAUAGACAACAACAUGUGUGAGUCCUUUAAUUUUUCGAUUAUGGAUGCAAGGUAUAAGGCUAUUAUUAAUUUAGCUGAUACUUUGAAGGGGCAAGCCAUGGAAAGGAUUACUAACAAGAAAGAAUUGAUGAAAGGUUGGAAUGGAGACAUUGCCCUAAGGGCUAAGGAUAAGUUAGAAGAAAAUAAGAAUGAGCCAUCGCAAUGCAAGUUGCUUUAGGAUGGAACAAUUGCUUUUGAAGUCAAACAUAGAAAUGAUAAACAUGCUGUUGAUCUUCAAAGAAGGACAUGCACUUGUAGAGCUUGGCAAAUGAAUGGAAUUCCAUGCCCACAUGCCAUAUGUUGCAUGUAUCAUAUAAAUUUAGUUAUUGAGGACUAUGUAGUUCAUCGGUACAGAAGGGAAAAGUAUGCGUUGUCGUAUGGAUUUCCUUUCAAGUCAAUGUGUGGUGACAAGUGUAACACCCCAUAGACUUUAAUGAAUAGAUUAAAAAUGG